ACACAUACAGAAGCAGUUAACACCAAACCCCGGCUUAGGAUCAACCAUCUGCAGAGUAUUCUCCUCUGCUUGCACUGCUCCUUCCAAACGACCGAUCGCAGAUAUGGCUGCCAUGAGAAUUGCUCUCCUUGCCUUGGCCGCAAUGGCCGUCCUGGGCACCGCCUCGGCGGCGACCUACAACGUCGGCGAGCCGGGCGGCGCGUGGGACCUGAGAACCGACUACGGCAACUGGGCGUCCUCCAAGAAGUUUCACCCGGGGGACACGAUCGUGUUCAAGUACUCCCCGGCGCAGCACGACGUGCUUGAGGUGAGCAAGGCCGACUACGACUCUUGCAACACCAACAGCCCCAUCUCCACGCUCACCACCGGCAACGACGUGGUCUCUCUCACUUCCACCGGCACCCGUUACUUCAUCUGCGGCUUCCCUGGCCACUGCACCACCUCCGGGACUGGUCUCAUGAAGGUCAAGAUUGAUGUUACGCCAGGAUCCUCUUCAAACUCGCCCGCCCCGGCUGCUGGUCCUGGCGCCAGCAACUCUCCCCCGCCGCCGCCGUCAUCUGCUGCUACCUCUGUUGGACCUACCGCAGGCUUUGGUUUUGCCGUCGUCCUGCUCGCCUGUCUUGUGGCUUGAUGUUUCUCUGGCUCUGUGCUAAACGCACAUGGCGGCGCACAUAUACAUAGUCAAUUUAGUUGUUACCGGUUAAAUAUACGCGCGCGACUUUUGUAGUGAGGGAGAGUGAUGUUAUACUACCUGUAUGUAUUGGAUCUUUCUUACAUUGAUUUUUUUUGGAGGAUAAAUAAAGCAGAUUUGCUAUUUCUAAAUUGA